AUGUCUCGACGCACCCAGAAGCUGCCUCCCAGCCCUCAAUCGGACCCCUUAAUUGGUCAUUUGAGAUUACUUCCUACAUCAGACGAGCACCGUGUAUAUGCAAGGUGGGGAAAGGAGCUGAACAGCGACAUCGUAUCCAUCACUGUACUGGGGCAAACUACUGUAGUGCUGAAUUCUACAGCAGCUGUCAACGAACUCUUUGAUCGACGUUCAACAAUUUACUCAAGUCGUGUAGAACUACCGAUGAUCACAUACCCCGAUCUAGUAGACUGGAGUAAAUUCACCUCUUUUCUUCCUUACGGAGACCGGUGGCGGGCACAACGCCGGAUGUCACACAAGGUACUUCAUAAAAAGGCUACAAUGGAGAUUUGGCCAGUGUCGGUCAAGCACUCCAGAAUGGCUCUACAACGCAUUUCGACCAAUCCCGAUGCUUUUAUCCGGGAGAUCAGGAGGAUGACGGGAUCCAUACUUCUAUCCGCCGUGUAUGGCUACGAAGUCACAUCGGCGAAUGAUCAUCUAGUGGAGCUGGUAGAGCUCGCACUAGAUCAUCUGUGUGAUGCUGCGAUACAGGGGAACUUUUUGGUCAAUACGAUACCAUGUCUGCGGUACCUUCCAGACUGGCUCCCCGGAACAGGAUGGAAGAAAACUGCCAAAGCAUGGAGCGAAGAAAAGGAUGAAAUGAUAAAUGCACCGUUUUAUUGGACAAAGCAGCGGAUGACAUCUGGCUCGGCCCCUCAUUCUAUCGUGGGGUCGCUUCUAGGGGAUCUCCAAAACAAUUCGAAUCUUAAACUUAACCAUGCGGAAGAAGAAGAAGAUAUCAUCAAGUGGGUCGCUGGGAACAUGUUCGGCGCCGGAGCUGACACUGUAGACCGCCGCUCACUGCUUGUUUUCAUCCUGGCAAUGACCCUCAACCCACGCAUCCAAGCUAAAGCUCAGGCCGAGGUUGACAGAGUGCUUGGACAAGAUAGGCUCCCCGAAAUGGACGACAGAGAGUCGCUUCCGUACGUCGAAUGCGUGCUGAAGGAAGUUGAACGCUGGCAGCCAGUCACUCCAAUUGGCAGCGUUGAGAACGAUGAGUAUUGUGGAUAUUUUAUUCCCAAAGGGGCAGCUGUUGUAGGAAACGUUUGGGCGAUCGCACACGACGAGUCGGUCUAUCCUGAGCCUGAUAGGUUUAACCCAGACCGCUUCUUGGACCCUCGCGUCCCAAAGGCCCUGCAUUCGGCUUUGGCAGAAGUACACUUGGCUGAGUCUACGCUGUUCAUCACCAUUUCGACCUUUCUGAUGUUGUUUGAUGUGAGACCUAUCAAGGAUGAGGAAGGGAAGGAGAUACUUCCAGAGGUUAACAUGAAAACAAAUGCGCUCGUGAGCUAUCCUGCCGACUUCAGAUGCUCAAUCACUCCUCGGUCUGAGAGAGCAUUGAAGCUAUUAGGUCUUUCUGUGUUGGGAACAGAUGGCUAA